CUCCUCCCACCAUCCUGCUCAGUGUCCCGGAUGUAGCCGCCGCUGGAGGUGUUGCCCACGCUUGACCCGGGAGGGUUUGUUGUCUGCGGCCUUUGCCGCUCGGUGAAUCCCGGGAGGUGAAGCGGAGGUUCCGGUGUCGGAGCCCGGGCCGGAGGCUCGACAGCGGAAAUUCUGAACUGAGGAGGGAAUCUGGUUUCUCGUGGCAAUAUGUCCAUCACCAACACCCCCACAAGCAAUGACGCCUGUCUGAGCAUUGUCCACAGCCUGAUGUGUCACCGCCAGGGGGGCGAGAGCGAGACUUUUGCGAAGCGAGCCAUUGAGAGUUUAGUAAAGAAGCUCAAGGAGAAGAAGGAUGAAUUGGAUUCACUGAUUACCGCGAUCACUACAAAUGGAGCCCAUCCCAGUAAAUGUGUCACUAUCCAGAGGACCUUAGACGGACGGCUUCAGGUCGCGGGUAGGAAAGGUUUUCCUCAUGUGAUCUAUGCCCGUCUCUGGAGGUGGCCAGAUCUUCACAAGAAUGAACUGAAACAUGUGAAAUACUGUCAGUAUGCAUUUGAUCUGAAGUGCGACAGUGUAUGUGUGAAUCCUUAUCACUACGAGCGUGUUGUGUCCCCAGGAAUAGACUUGUCCGGGCUGACCAUUCAAAGUACAGCUCCGUCUAGCUUACUUGUGAAGGACGAGUAUGGCCAUGACUAUGUGGACGCACAGCAGAGUAUCUCAUCCUCUGAUGGACAUUCAAUACAGACCAUCCAGCACCCGCCAAGUAACAGGUCAUCCAGCGAGAGCUACAGCAAUUCGUCAAUGCUGGCAUCAAGUGAGCCCAGCACGCCCAAUGCCUCCAGCUUCUCCAGCAUCCCUGUCCCUUCUACAAGUCAGCCCACCAGUUUAUUGGCAGCAUCGCACGGUGAAGGACUGCUGCAGAUCGCCUCCGUGCCUCCUCAGGGGACACAGCCGAACGGCUUCAACGCUCAGCCAGCCACAUAUCAUCACAUAGACAGUACCACAACCUGGACUGGAAGUAGAACCGCACCUUACACACCCAAUAUGUCUCACCACCAGAAUGGACAUCUUCAGCAUCAUCCACCCAUGCCCCAUCCUGGACAUUACUGGCCUGUGCAUAAUGAGCUCGCGUUCCAGCCUCCGAUCUCCAAUCACCCAGCCCCCGAGUAUUGGUGCUCUAUUGCAUACUUUGAAAUGGAUGUUCAGGUGGGAGAAACCUUCAAAGUCCCAUCAAGCUGCCCCAUUGUUACUGUCGAUGGCUAUGUAGACCCUUCUGGUGGAGAUCGGUUCUGCUUGGGACAGCUGUCCAAUGUUCACCGGACAGAAGCCAUCGAGAGAGCAAGGUUACACAUAGGGAAAGGUGUCCAACUGGAGUGUAAAGGAGAAGGUGAUGUCUGGGUGCGAUGUCUCAGUGACCAUGCAGUGUUUGUACAGAGCUACUACCUGGAUAGAGAGGCAGGACGAGCCCCCGGGGACGCAGUCCACAAGAUAUAUCCCAGCGCUUACAUUAAGGUGUUUGAUUUACGCCAGUGUCACAGACAGAUGCAGCAGCAGGCGGCCACGGCGCAAGCUGCAGCUGCAGCUCAAGCGGCAGCCGUAGCGGGGAAUAUACCCGGACCAGGAUCUGUGGGCGGGAUUGCACCAGCAAUUAGUCUUUCUGCCGCCGCAGGGAUCGGUGUCGAUGAUCUCCGGAGACUUUGUAUCCUGCGGAUGAGCUUUGUGAAGGGCUGGGGUCCUGAUUACCCAAGGCAGAGUAUAAAGGAGACCCCCUGCUGGAUAGAAAUUCACUUGCACCGCGCUCUGCAGCUCCUGGAUGAAGUCCUCCACACCAUGCCCAUUGCAGACCCGCAGCCACUGGACUGAUGAGCAGGACGCCAUCGAAUGUAUCGCUUACAUUGUGUCGAAGGCGGACUGAAAUCACAGUCAUUUGUAAUCAUGAAAAUAUAUAUAAAUAGAUAUAUAUAUAUAAAUAUAUGCACAUAUCUUCUCCCACUUCAGGGUGGAAUUCAACAUUUUUUUGUGCCCCGUUUUUUCCCAGCAAAACAGCAGUUUUAUUAUUUUUUUUUUUUUUUUGCUGUGGAAUCUGCAUAGAGAUGACAUGAAUAGGAUGUAUGCAGUGAAGGUGCAAUCAAUGCCUCGUGCGGAGGAGGGGGGGGGGGGGGGGGGUGGCCGCAAUAACCUUUAAAGCGGGACCGGGAAAAUACUUUUUAACCCAUUUGGUGCUACAGAGAUGCGUAUUUCUGGAGCAAUGUUCCAAAAACUUGUGAAUUAGCAUCUUCGGUGACUGCACCGUAGUCCUUAGGAGGAGUUGUUGUUUUUUACUCCACAUCACUGAAUGCUAACGUUCUGCUCCUCUA